UUUAUGGACCGAUUUUUUCGAAAUUGGUACCACAAUUUUGCAAAUUUUUCAGAGAAUGUUAAAGUAGUUCGAAAUAGUAAUUAAACAGACAUACAGACAGACUUAAAUACUCUAAAUAGUACUUAAAAACUUCAUCGUCGCACACCCCGAAAAAUUUGCAACAUUAAAGGAAAUCGGAAAUCUUUUACGGCAAAUGUUGUAUACAAAGAGGUUUUGUAAAAUGAAAAAUUGUAUGAAAACUAAUAAUAGCGGGGUCAGUGUUGAGAAAAGUGUAUAAAUAAUGCCUAUUUAUUUGAUUAGGUUAGCAUCUUUUGAAUGUGCUAGGCUUAAUUAAGUCAGCUGUUACACAAAAAUGCCGCCACACAAAUACGUAUAUAUAUACCUACAUAUAACGACCUCAGAAAUUUUAUUGACCUAACACAUUAUAUUUAUCAUGAUAACACGUACAGAGAAUCAGUCAGUCUUUCGUGGUCUUUCGAACCACGUGGUGGUAGAUAUAAUACUUUUAAUAAAGUGUGUGAAUAUAUUAUAUUUUUCCAACAUUGCAUACUUCUAAAGCAUUAAUUUGCUGCAAUUUAUUUUUAAAACGAUAUAUAGUUUUAAUCAAUAUAAUUUUUUAAUUAACAUUCUGUUUCGAAAUAUUCGAGUUUUAUAGAUUUAAAAUAAAUAGUCCUUUUCCGACAUGAUGAUAUGCCUAAAACUAUUAUUAAGUAGCGGACUAAUGUUUAUCGCUGAGACGGCUUUUGUUCUUAAUGAAUCAUCUUUAUGCUAUCAACCAUCAAAAUAUAUAAAACCAAUCCAUUACGAUAUCAAGCAUAUAUCACAUAUUGAACGAAAUAUUUUCUGUGGAGAAUACAAUAUCAGCAUAAGCAUUCUUAACAAAACGCAACAUAUACUUUUACAUUCAGAAAAAUUAAGUAUUAAAGAUAUAGUUUUAUUUACAAAUGUAGAAAAAAAUCAUGAGAAUGAUAAAGAUACAGUUUACAAACCAACAUAUAAUACUACUGAAGAUGACACAAUUGAUAUUAUUUUUAAGGAUAAAUUAUCACCAGGAAAUUUCACUUUAAAUAUAAAAUAUUAUGGUAUUGCUGAUGAAGUUUUUACAAUUUUCAAAAUGAAAGAAAAAACUGCUUUGGUAGGUGUUACUCAUUUCCAUAUAAUAGGCGCUCGACGAUUGUCUUCAUGUUGGGGUCACCAGAAUUUAUUGUUAGAAGCAACCUUUAACAUAUCUGUAGGAUGUCAUGAUCAAUGCACGGCAUUGUCAAAUAUGCCAUUGCGAAAUACGGAAAAAAAUAAGUGUAACAAUAUUUCAUGGACACACUUCGAUACCACACCCGCAAUGUCGCCGUAUUUUGCAACAAUAAUUGUGUCCAAUUACUUAUCACGUGUUGAUAAUAAUACUCAAAAUAUUCAAAUGUGGUGCAGAAACGAAACUGUAUUUCACAUGGAAUUUGCGAAAAAUGUAGCUGAAAAUAUCACGUUGUUCUAUAAAAAUAAAUGGAAACAACAUUCGAACAGUAUUUCGAAGGUGACUCAUGUUGCAAUUCCAAAUUUCCCUGAUAAUGGCAUAAUAGUUUUCGGACUUGUUUUGUAUAAGGAAACAGAUAUCAUCUACGAUAAAAAUUUAUAUUCUAAUGCUCACAAAAUUAAAAUAGCUGAAUUAGUAGGACAUAAAGUGACACAGCAAUGGUUUUAUAAUCUGAACAAUCCUUUUCGAUCUGCUUCUUGGUUGCAUAAAGCUUUUACUACAUUGCUUGCAACGUAUGCUGUCAAUGAGAUGUAUCCUGAUAAUCGAACAAUAAAUUUAUUUGUUGUUCAAAAUCAACAUACUUCUUUUUAUUUGGAUAAUGAUUAUCGUAUAUGGAAUUCUGUUUCACAAGAUGACAGUUUAUUUAAAAUUCGCGAAUCCAUCAGAGCACCCUGUAUACUGCGCAUGAUGCAACACUCCGUAACCAAAGAAGUAUUUUGGAAAGGCAUUCGAUCAUAUACAAAUAGCAACCAAUUUCAUCGUCAAAGUUUUAUGACAUUUUUGGAAGAAAUUGUUGCUGAUGCAAAUAAGCUAGAUAAACUUCAAUUAUCAUUACAAACAAUGGCAAAUUGGACAUUAGAAGAGCAUUGUCCUCUCAUCAAAGUAGAACGAAAUUAUCAUCUUUUCGGAAAGACGAAAAUACAUUUAUCGAUACAAAAUCCCGACACAUUAAAAAUUGAUUGCUUACCUGUAACUUAUACUAUCCAGUCGGUUUCCGAUUUUGACAGUCUUGAUCACCGCGCGCUAUGCAUAUCACGGGAUGCUGUUAUUUCAUUGUCAUUAGAAGAGCAUGGUUGGGUUAUAAUCAAUUUACAACAAAUUGGAUAUUACCGCGUUAAUUAUGAUGAUGAGAAUUGGCAAAAAAUUUCAAAUUAUCUAUACUUUUAUAAUUUUAUGACAAUUCAUGUUCUUAAUCGUGCCCAAAUUAUCGAUGAUGCAUUUCAUUUAAUGAUAGCAGGCCAACUCGAAGCCUCUAUAUUCUGGAAUAUCAUAUCGUAUUUGGAUAGAGAAAAAGAUUAUAUCGCGUGGUAUCCUAUGUUUAAAGCUCUGGAAUACAUGUUUAGUACUUUUCCAGUGGAAGAAAAAACUGAAAAAUAUGCGGCUUUUGCCAUGGUGGACGGCAUGGACAUAUUGUAGAGGUUUGAUGACAACUACGAGAAAUGAGACUACUUUUGGAACAGUGUAUAUUAGAGGAUUGGAAAAAAAUGACAUUAAAUUUUCAGAAUACAUGGCUUGCAUUAGCAAUACUAAUUUCAUCAAAUUCUAUUUAAUUCAUAAAGAGCACAGUGAUACAAAACAGGAAGAUGAAUUUCUCGUUCACACAUUCUUACAUUUUAUUUCGAAGCAGGCGAAUAAUCCAAUUAUAUUGACGUAUAUAUUAGAUAAUUUUAACAAAAUAAAACCAAAGUAAA